AUGUCUGAUAAUGAAGAUGACAUGCAAGGUAAAACUAUAAAAAUUACUCUUGUUGGUGAUCCUGGGACUGGUAAAACAAGCCUAUGCAAUAGAUAUCUUGGUGGUACUGGUACUACUAGCAGCACUCAUGGAGCAGAGGUGACGGCAGGGCAGUGCCUAGGCCUUCGCCCUCCUAUCCCAUUACAACUAUGUGACGUUGCGGGGAAUGCUUUAAAUACACCUAUGCUUACUAAUUACCUUUAUGCUUCAGAUAUAAUAAUAUUUGUUUAUGAUUUAACCAAUUUACAAAGUUUUGAGAACUUGGACACAUGGAUUACAUCUGUUAAUGAGAUUAACAAAGAUGAAGUUAAGAAACCAUUGAUGGCUCUUUUCGGUAACAAAUCAGAUUUAGAGCACCAGAGGGCAGUGAGAUUGUCCAGUGUACAGAAGUUUUCUUCCCAACAUUUGCUUGACCAUUUCAAGGGUUCCUCUAGGACUGGAGAAAUGGUAAACGAUGCCUUUACGACUGUAGUGGCUCGUGUCCAAGGCACAAAAGCCAGGUUGAUAUUGGCGCCAGAUAGAAAAUCCCCGUUUAUAUACGAAAGUCCAAAGUCCAACGAUCAAGCUGGCUUCCCUCUCAUAAUGAACAGAAAAGCAUUGCGGAAACAUCAAAGGAAGGAGUCUUCUGUCUGCGUAUUGCAAUAA